UUGGUGGAACAAAAGCUGGAGUUGUGCGUUUCUUGGGAGAAACUGACUUUGCUAAAGGAGAAUGGUGUGGAGUAGAACUGGAUGAACCUCUGGGAAAGAAUGAUGGAGCUGUUGCUGGAACAAGGUAUUUUCAGUGUCAGCCAAAAUAUGGUUUGUUUGCUCCAGUCCACAAAGUUACGAAGAUUGGAUUCCCGUCAACCACACCAGCGAAAGCAAAGACAACUGUGCGAAAAGUGGUUGCGACUCCCACAGCCCUGAAACGUAGCCCAAGUGCAUCUUCCCUGAGCUCUCUCAGUUCUGUGGCAUCUUCAGUAAGCAGCAAGCCAAGCCGUACAGGACUAUUGACAGAAACAUCCUCCCGGUAUGCAAGAAAAAUUUCUGGUACCACAGCCCUGCAGGAGGCACUGAAGGAGAAGCAGCAACACAUUGAACAGCUCCUGGCAGAAAGGGACCUGGAGAGGGCAGAAGUUGCAAAAGCAACCAGUCAUGUAGGGGAAAUACAGCAGGAAUUAGCACUUGUUCGCGAUGGACAUGAUCGGCAUGUACUGGAGAUGGAAGCAAAAAUGGACCAGCUACGAGCUAUGGUGGAGGCUGCUGAUAGGGAGAAAGUGGAGCUUCUCAAUCAGCUUGAGGAAGAGAAAAGGAAAGUUGAAGACCUUCAGUUCCGUGUGGAAGAAGAAUCCAUUACCAAAGGAGACCUAGAGACGCAGACCAAACUGGAGCAUGCCCGCAUUAAGGAGCUUGAACAGAGCCUGCUUUUUGAAAAGAACAAAGCUGACAAACUCCAGAGGGAGUUAGAAGACACUAGGGUGGCCACGGUAUCAGAAAAAUCGCGCAUCAUGGAACUAGAAAGAGAUCUAGCAUUGCGGGUGAAGGAAGUAGCUGAGCUUCGAGGGAGAUUAGAGUCUAGUAAACACAUUGAUGAUGUGGACACUUCUCUUUCGUUGUUACAAGAAAUAAGUUCUUUGCAAGAAAGAAUGGCAGCAGUUAGCAAGGAACAUCAGAGUGAGAUGAAUUCACUGAAAGAGAAGUUUGGAAUUAGUGAAGAAGCAUUGCAGAAAGAGAUCAAAUCACUUUCAGCUUCAAAUGAGAGACUGGCAAAAGAAAAUGAAUCCUUGAAAACUAAGCUUGAUCAUGCCAACAAGGAGAAUUCAGAUGUAAUAGAGCUGUGGAAAUCGAAGCUGGAAUCUGCAAUUGCCUCCCAUCAGCAAGCAAUGGAAGAGCUAAAAGUUUCUUUCGGCAAAGGUGUAGGGGCUCAGACAGCAGAAUUUGCAGAGUUAAAGACUCAGAUUGAGAAGAUUAAAUUAGACUAUGAAAAUGAAAUGUCAAAUUUAAAACUGAAGCAGGAAAAUGAAAAAUCUCAUCAUUUAAAAGAGAUUGAAUCACUGAAAGCAAAACUGUUGGCAGUCACAGAGGAGAAAGAGCAAAACCUGGAAAGCCUGAAGACCAAACUGGAAAGUGUGGAAGAUCAACAUCUAGUAGAAAUGGAAGACACUUUAAACAAAUUACAGGAAGCUGAAAUAAAGGUAAAGGAGCUAGAGGUACUGCAAGCCAAGUACAAUGAACAAACCAAAGUUAUUGAUAGUCUUACACCACAGAUCAAAGCUGCUGAAGAAAAGCUUUUGGACCUUGCUGCACUUCAGAAAGCCAAUUCUGAAGGUAAAUUGGAAAUCCAGAAACUUAGCAAGCAGCUUGAGGCCGCUGAGAAACAAAUUCAGAAUUUAGAGACUGAAAAGGCUAGUAAUCUGGCCAAAGAACUGCAGGGCAAAGAGCAAAAGCUUCUUGAACUUGAGAAAAACUUGAGUGCAGUAAAUCAAGUUAAAGAUUGUUUGGAAAAGGAACUUCAAGUUUUGAAAGAAAAGUUUACUAGUGCAGCUGAUGAAGCAGAAAAUGUUCAACAAACUAUGCAAGAAACAAUAAAAAAACUAAACCAAAAAGAAGAGCAGUUUGCACUCAUGUCAUCAGAACUGGAACAGCUGAAGUCUAGUUUGACUGUGAUGGAGAAGAAGUUGAAGGAGCGAGAAGAGAGAGAACAACAACUGAUUGAAGCUAAAGCCAAACUUGAAAAUGAUAUUGCAGAGAUCAUGAAGUCUUCAGGAGACAGCUCUGCCCAGCUUACAAAAAUGAAUGAUGAGCUCCGGUUAAAAGAAAGGCAGUUGGAGCAAAUACAACUUGAGCUUACAAAAGCAAAUGAAAAGGCUGUUCAGCUUCAGAAAAAUGUGGAGCAGACAACACAGAAAGCUGAGCAGAGUCAGCAAGAAACUCUCAAGAUUCAUCAAGCAGAACUAAAAAAUAUGCAGGAUCAACUAACAGACAUGAAAAAGCAAAUCGAGACUAGUCAAAAUCAGUAUAAGGACCUUCAGGCAAAGUAUGAAAAAGAAACUUCUGAGAUGAUCACUAAACAUGAUGCAGAUAUCAAAGGGUUUAAGCAGAACUUGCUGGAUGCGGAAGAGGCUCUGAAAAUUGCACAAAAGAAAAACGAUGAGUUAGAAACACAGGCUGAGGAGCUGAAAAAGCAAGCAGAACAGGCCAAAGCUGCCAAAAUGGCAGAAGAUGUUUUCCAGACUGUGGAGAAGGUGACCAAAGAGAAGGAUGCUAUUCACAAAGAAAAGAUUGAAACUUUGGCCUCUUUGGAGAACUCUAGACAGACAAACGAGAAACUACAGAAUGAAUUGGACAUGCUUAAACAAAACAACCUGAAAAAUGAAGAGGAACUUAAUAAAUCAAAAGAGCUUCUAAAUCUGGAGAACAAGAAAGUGGAAGAACUUAAAAAAGAAUUCGAAGCGCUGAAGCUGGCAGCAGCUCAGAAGUCCCAGCAGCUUGCAGCUUUGCAAGAGGAGAACGUGAAACUUGCCGAGGAGCUGGGCAGGAGCAGGGACGAAGUCACAAGUCAUCAGAAGCUGGAAGAGGAGAGAUCAGUACUCAAUAACCAGUUAUUAGAGAUGAAAAAGAGAGAAUCAACAUUAAAAAAAGAAAUUGAUGAAGAGAGAGCAUCUUUACAAAAAUCCAUCAGUGUUACUAGUGCCUUGAUCACACAAAAAGAUGAGGAACUGGAAAAACUCAGAAAUGAGAUCACGGUGCUCCGUGGAGAGAACGCUUCUGCAAAAACCUUGCAGUCAGUGGUUAAGUCACUGGAGUCUGACAAAUUGAAACUUGAGGAAAAGGUGAAGAACUUGGAGCAAAAACUCAAGGAAAACAACGAACAGCCUUUAACUGUAACUAGCUCCUCAGGUGACAUUGCUGCUAAUCUACUUCAAGAUGAAAUUGCAAAAGAGAAGCAGCACGAGAUUGACUUCCUGAAUUCAGUGAUAGUAGAUCUGCAAAGGAGAAACGAAGAAUUGAACUUGAAAAUACAAAGAAUGUGUGAAGCAGCCCUGAAUGGCAACGAAGAGGAGAUAAAUAACUAUGACAGUGAGGAAGAAAGCCUGUCAAAGAAGAAACCUCGCCUCUUCUGCGAUAUCUGCGGCUGCUUUGAUCUUCACGACACUGAAGACUGUCCGACCCAGGCACAGAUGCUGGAGGAGCCACCCCACUCGGCUUACCACGGCAGCAGGAGAGAAGAACGCCCCUAUUGCGAUACCUGCGAGAUGUUCGGGCACUGGACGGCCGACUGCAAUGACGACGAGACCUUCUAAUGCAACGCGUGGCCGGGAGGAUGGACUGUCUGUGCGCCCCGAUGGGACGAUCUACACCACCAGCAUUUGUGUGUGCUGAACGUCAGGAAAAGGGACAGCGUUUCUUGACCCCCCUCGCUCCCGUUCCCCUUGCCCAUCCACUCCAGAAUCAGUACAUUGAUAAAUAUUUUGCUCCUCCGCUAAUAAAUACCCUGUCUCCCUUUAAUGAACUUAGGUGAAAUACAAAUAAAUGACUUAACAAAUGACUUUAUGCUAUUUCUUCCCAGGUUCUGGGUUUGUUCCCACUCUUAACAAGAAAUGCCCCCAUGCUGUUGCAUCUAUUGAUGGGAAAACAUGUAUAGGAACGAAGCACUAUAGUUAUAUUAAAGCUUAUUUAAAUAC